AUCGUCCUACUCGAGUCGAAGUUCCGCCAGCACUUGGUCAUACUCAUCCUAGACGAUGCUAGCGCGCACUCGAAAGUUCUCGUUCCGCGCAACUAUCUACCUCAGCACGGCAUCUCGAUCGACGAGUUUCUCGAGCAAUUCAGCUCGCGACAGCAAUGGAGCCGGGGUCAAUUUGUUUUCGAGGAGCUUCGAGUGGAUGCGAUCAUCGGCGGGGCGGUCAUCCUUGUCCCGCAUAGCGCCGGACAGUCCUCGGACACAAUCAAUCCCGUUGCCUUGGACGAGAGUGGAUCAUCGGCGAACGUCACACUGGUGCCAGGAGCCGACGGCAAAGUGACCGUUCGUAAGUCCGCUAUCGGGUACGGCAUUGAUGGCAACGGCGCACCAUGGCUGCGACGGCAGUCGCUGUUCUUGUGGGCGAGUCAGGCUGUGAAGAAGACGGGCAUGUUCAUGGUGCCUGAUGAAGUCAUCGACAACAACGGCGACGUCACCCUUGUGCUGCCAUACAUCCCGAGCCACUCGUUUGGAGAGCUGGUGUUUGCCAAUGUGGGCGCCGAGUCCAUGGUGACGGCCAUGGUGGACAUGCUUGCCCGAAUGGCCACCUCCGUCUGGACCGAGGGUCAGGAAGUCAUGCAGCCCAUACUUCAUCAAGAAGGCGCACUUUGCUCGGAUGAGGAGGCGUCUCAACAUCGCCCGUGAGCAGGACAAGGCACUUGACGAACUCCUGAAGCAGGAGACUGUCACGCUGAAUGGCAGGCUGCUAUCUGGGUUCGAACCGGUCAUGAAGAAGCUGGAGAGCCAUCCUCAGUGUUCCCAACGGGCUAGGCCAGUGGUAGGCCGGCCUAUAGGCCGUAGGCUGGGCCAAGGCAGGCCGCUCUGACGAUGAGCCUAGGCGGAUAUAGGCCGAACUCAACCGGCCUGCCGAAGCCUAUCAGGCCUGGUAGGAGCCUACAGGCCUGCAAGUGGGAUUUUUAGAGUUGAUUGUUUUAACAGUGGCUCGAUUCCUUACAACUUUCAUUGUGGUUUAUUAUUUUAUCCAUAUCCUCACUUGUCGGUUGAAGUAUGAUAACUACGCGAUUACCGAUCCACAACCAGCUCAAAGAAGUCCAGGAAAUCUAUCUCCAGAUUCUCCAACGCAGUCCUAUCUCACGAUCCUUCUCUCCGAUUCAGUGUCUUCGGCAGGAACCCAUCAGUGAAUGUGCCCGCUAUGGUUGACCGAGUCCUAUUAGACCUUGGGGGUUUUCAUCAACUACGAGCAAAUCUAUAUUACUACCCGUACGUAGGAUCACUGCCUAAUAAUAUUAGUGAUCUUACUGAUACUCGUUCUAUUCUGUUAACAUCAGUGCGUGGAAUUUGCGUAGGGACUAUGUAACUUACAGUUCUCACGGGAGUAACUCGGACCAGUUUAGUGGAAUGGGAGAUGAGCCGAGUGGAAACCAAGGAUCUGACAUGUUUGUAGGCCCGUAUUCAUAGGCUAGGCGCGGCUUGGCUAGGCCAUAGGCUGGGCCAUGUAGGCCGGGCCGGCCUAUCAGGUGGCAGGUAUUCAUACUUAGCCUAUACGGCCUAUAGCUGGGCCCGGCCCGGCCAGGCCCAGGCUUUUCAAAGCCUGCAGGCUCCGGCCGGGCUAAAUCCCGGAUAGUUGUGGCAGGCCGGGCCCGGCUUCGGUUCAGCCUGGCCUAUCUGGCCCGUUGGGAACACUGGCCAUCCUGAGGUGGCCAAGAUUGUGCCGACAAUCUUGAGCGAAAUCCACGGCGACCUUAACAUCCACAAUGUGCUCAGCCGACUGGACCCCGAGGAGGAUGAGGCCUUGGCGCUCGUUGACCCUCGUGGUGUUCCACUCCUUGGCUCCUCCGACGGCAAGGCAUUCGAGCGCGGCGACUACUGCUAUGCUAUUCUCCCUGACGGGCUUCUCAGAGAUCAGGAAGCGUCUUUUCGACUAUUCCACUGACGGCGAUUCCCACAAGCUCACAAUCCGGCAGCACCCCGGCUCUGAUACCAUGAACGGUGCCGCCCACGCGCUCAUCCCAGCGCCCGCAUCCAACGAAGCGAUGAGGCAGUGGAUCAACAAGGUCGAGCACGAUGGCGCUCGGUCCUUUGAGCUGAGGGUAAGGGUUGGUGAGGCGGCACAUUUCGUUGCGGACAGCGCUUGUGCUCUGGGCAGGGACACACAAUGGGAUAUCGUCCCUCUGUUCCUCAUGGGACUUGAGAAGCUGAACGACGUUAUGGACCUCUUGGAAGGAAAGGCCGAGCUUUCUACCGACAGCCCGGAGCCGUAAUCCAACUUUGAAUGCAUGCCCGAGAGCGCAGAAUUUGGAACAGCGAUGAUCCAUCACACCCUGUUUGAUUUGCAGACAUUGAAUGCGGAGUGGCCAUACGACGUUUUGGAAGUCUCCGUCAAGAAUGAGUCGGCUUCCACGCUCCAACAGCUCCUCUACGAAAUGGUCGGAACCUAUUUACCCAAGGGGACCGCAGUAUACAUCUCGACGGACCCAGUCGAGUCCGUUAGCCACUCUCCCUGUGUGGUGAUCCAUCCAUCAAACGGUGUGAGAGGACAGACGCACAUGCUUGCAGUGGCAACUCGCAGAACUACUGCGUUCUUUAGGGACGGCGGGGUUCCUCAGAGCACCAUUGACAAGCUGAGGAUCGUCCACAUCUCCUCGACAGGAUCCUCAUCCCGUUCGCAGCUCGCUGCAAGAGACAACGACAAGCUUCUCUCCCCCGGGUCCUUCGGCAUCUCACCUCUGCAACUGGCCCUUCUGCAGGCGAACCAACUUCCCUUCCCGAAGCCCGGCCGGUGGGUCGUGGAGAACGACUCGUUCUUCUUGCUCGGCCGGCCUCUG